AAUAUCAAAAGGUAGGGUAAUACAUUCACAUUUUGCUUCAUGCUGAAUUCAUUAGUCAUUGUGCGGAUUGAAAGACCUUGCAGUAUAUCCCGUUGAAAAACUAGCGUCACUCGGAAAGAGCAAGUCUUCGUGAAGCCAUGCCUUCAGUCCCCUCCUCCAAAGAGAAUCCUGCUUUGGGCCCAGUGUGUCCCUUUGCAGCUCGGAAGGGUACGACCCCAAAGGAGGUCAAGAUCCAGGACCAUGCCGGUGAUGUGGACGGACCCAUUAAGCUGGAGGGGGCGAAGAAGGUUGCGGAGAGGAAGUGGAUCAGACCGGACCUGGAGAGUCGCUGCACCUGGAGGCUGGGCAUGUCGCAUGAGGACUCCCCACACACUCAGUGGCUCAGGAGCGCACCACCAAAUAUCCUGCCAAAUAUCCUCCAGAGAAUUGGUGAUACCCCUCUGGUGCGCAUGAACAAACUGCCCAAGACCUUUGGACUCAAGUGUGAACUUUUGGCAAAGUGUGAAUACUUUAAUGCUGGAGGAAGUGUGAAGGACCGUAUCAGUUUGCGAAUGGUGGAGGAUGCAGAGAAGGCAGGGCUGCUUAAGCCAGGAGACACUAUCAUAGAGCCCACAUCUGGAAACACAGGCAUUGGUCUGGCCCUAGUGGCUGCUGUCAAGGGUUACCGAUGCAUCAUUGUGAUGCCGGAGAAGAUGAGUAUGGAGAAGGUGGACGUCUUGAGGGCUUUGGGUGCGGAGAUUGUCCGUACUCCGACCAGCGCCCGCUUCGACUCGCCGGAAUCUCAUGUCGGCGUGGCCUGGAGGCUGAAGAAUGAGAUUCCCAACUCCCACAUCCUGGACCAGUACCGCAAUCCCAGCAACCCCCUGGCCCACUACGACACCACCGCUGAGGAGAUCCUGGAGCAAUGCGAUGGUAAAAUUGACAUGUUGGUGGCAGGAGCCGGCACAGGGGGCACCAUCUCUGGCAUUGCCCGCAAGCUCAAAGAGCGAUGUCCAAACGUCAAGAUUAUUGGUGUGGACCCAGAGGGCUCCAUCCUGGCUGAACCCGAGGCGCUGAAUAAGACAGAUAAGACCAUGUAUGAGGUUGAAGGCAUUGGUUAUGACUUUGUCCCAACUGUGCUGGACAGAUCUAUAGUGGAUGGCUGGUACAAGGCAAAUGAUGAGGAGACAUUUAGCAUGGCACGGAUGCUUGUCAGAGAUGAGGGACUGCUCUGUGGUGGCAGCUCGGGCACAGCGAUGGCAGCAGCAGUGAAGAUGGCAAAGGAGCUGAAAGAGGGCCAGCGGUGUGUGGUGAUCAUGCCUGACUCCAUACGCAACUACAUGUCCAAGUUCCUGAGUGAUAAAUGGAUGGUGCAGAAAGGUUUUCUGAGGGAAGAGGACAUCAUGGUAACUAAACCCUGGUGGUGGAAUCUGAAAGUGCAGAACUUGAGGCUGUCUGCUCCCUUGACCGUGCUGCCUACAGUCACCUGCCAGAGGACCAUCAAGAUCCUGAAGGAGAAGAGCUUCGACCAGGCCCCUGUGGUGGAGGAGGCAGGGCUGAUCCUGGGUAUGGUCACUCUUGGUAACAUGUUGGCCUCAGUAUUGGCUGGGAAGGUGAAGCCAUCGGACCCUGUCAGCAAAGUACUCUACAAGCAGUUCAAACAGGUCAAACUCACAGAUAACCUUGGGAAGCUGUCCGGAAUCCUGGAGACAGACCACUUUGCCCUGGUGGUGCAUGAGCAGAUUCAGUACCUGACUGAUGGCUCUCCCAGCCUAAGGCAGAUGGUCUUUGGUGUCGUGACCGCCAUCGACCUGCUCAACUACGUCGCCGUACGAGAGAGGAGGUCCAUGUCCGAAAGCAUAGAUGAAAUGUCAGACAUUCAGUGACCUCACUUCCUCCUUGGUGGAAGUGGACAUUUUUAUUGUUGAAAGAGCAGAAAGUAGAAGUCCUACUACCUACCUUGCUAUUGCUUCUCCCAUACAGUUGGUCGGCUAUUUUCAGCAAUUCUAUCCCCUGCUGCUAAAGCUGAUUAGCAAAUUCAGCUCACUUACAAAUGGAAAAAGGAAAAGCUGAUUCAAGUUGUUGGGAAAAGAUCACAAAUCAUCCCCUGGACAUAGUAGGCUGUAUAAACUUUCUUUUACACCUCAAAGGCAACAUGAUGGAUCAUUUAAUGGUUAUUAGUCAGUCCCUUCAAUGGCUACUUAUAUAGGUAAAUGUGCCCACUGAUCUACCCUUUGAUGAGUAACAUUGCACUGAAGUUAUAGGUGCACGUACUGUGAAAGUGUGAAUUAUUUAUGAUUAUGUUAAUUUAAACUGCUCUAAAUGAUGGGCUAUUUUAGUUGAUUAUUCUAAAAGUGUAUUGGAAGGUCCAGUGUAUUGGGGCAGUUUAGCAGCUGAACAGACUCAGAACUUAGCAACCUGCAGUGAAAUACGUAGCAGAGUCCUGCACUCUUAAAACGAUUGUGUUGUCCCUAUCUGGACACAGAAAUAUGUUACAAACAAUGCAAGUUGUGUUGUUUUCAACACAUUCGUUUUAAGAGUGUGGUUAAAUGAAGUGUUGUUUUUUUAACUGUCAAAAAACUUCUGCAGCUUUGUGUUUUUCAAAAUGCACAGAAAUCUAUUUCAAGAGUAUCCGUAUCUCAUUUCCCAUGAAGUGAGAAAAUGUUUAUAUCGUUAAUGCUGAUAUUUCAUUGUCUGGAAAUGAUGGUCUUAAUAUUUAAAGGGCACAAUUCUACCGAACUUGAUAUGAUCAUUAAACUGCUUUUAUUAAAUAAAA